AUGGCCUCCUGGAUCUUCCCCUCUGCUCCUCCAAAUCUCUCUGAACACUUCAUGUACGACAGCUUUCUGCAAAAUGAAUCCGACUCCAAUUUUGGUAACUACACGGACUAUGGCUUCAACCAGACCAGUACCAUUGUCAUCACGUGCAUGUACUUCCUGGUUUGCACCGUUGGACUUUGCGGAAACGCUUUGGUCAUUUAUGUCAUCCUCCGCUACGCUAAGAUGAAAACCGUUACAAAUAUCUACAUUCUCAAUCUCGCAGUUGCAGAUGUUUUGUUCAUGCUGGGUUUGCCGUUUAUAGCCAUCCAACUGGCUCUUGUUCACUGGCCCUUCGGCCCAGUUUUAUGUCGAGUUGUGAUGACAGUGGACUCUUUGAACCAAUUCACGUCAAUCUUCUGCCUUAUGGUCAUGAGUAUUGACCGCUACUUGGCUGUGGUGCAUCCAAUCAAGUCUACAAAAUGGCGGAAACCACGUAUGGCCAAGAUCAUCAAUUUAGCAGUGUGGGGCAUUUCGCUAAUGGUCAACCUGCCUAUUGUUAUCUACAGUGGAGUUAUUACAAAGCAUGAUGGGUGUUCUUGCACUAUAGUUUGGCCCGAGCCAGAAGAAGCAUAUUACACAGCGUUUAUGUUCUAUACAUUUGUGUUGGGGUUUUUCUUGCCUCUACUGGUGAUCUGUUUGUGCUACCUGUUGAUCAUUAUAAAAGUCAAAUCUUCAGGAAUUCGUGUCGGAUCUUCGAAGAGGAAAAAAUCUGAGCGAAAAGUUACACGGAUGGUGUCAAUCGUAGUCGCCGUCUUUGUCUUCUGCUGGCUGCCUUUCUACGUCUUCAAUGUGACUUCAGUGACGGGCACCCUCUCCACCACGCCCUUCCUGAGAUCUACCUUUGCUUUCGUGGUCGUCCUGGGGUACGCCAACAGCUGCGCCAACCCCAUACUGUACGCGUUUCUGUCGGAAAACUUCAAAAAGAGUUUCCAGAAUGUUUUGUGCUUGAAAAAAGUGGGAGGGCUGGACGAGGCGGAGCGCAGUGAUAGCAGACAGGAUAAGUCACGCAUGAUCAAUGACCCCACAGAGACGCAGAGCACACUUUUUAAUGGAGAUCUGCAAACUAGCAUCUAA